UAAUUAGUAUAAUAAAUUUAAUCUUAAGAUAUUAACCAGUUCGUUUUAAAAAUAUUCUACCAGAUUCAUAUUUGACAUAAAACAUAUGUUUACCGCUGGGUAACGGUAAAUACCGAAGGUAUAAUUUUCGUAAACGCCUAUAGUCUGUGGUUGUCCUCGAACAUAUUUUGUUUUAAAAAUAAGCAAAUAUUUUGCUAUAAUAUGAAUAAUAUAAAUAAUAUUAUUAAGAUUUAGUAUUUGCCACAAUAAAAUAUUGUCUGAUUAAACAAUUAUGGCUUUGAAAAAAGUAAGAGGAAAUAUUGAACGUAUGUUCGACAAGAAUUUAACUGAUUUAGUGAGGGGUAUAAGGAAUAAUAAAGAAAAUGAGGCAAAAUAUAUUUCCCAAUGUAUGGAAGAUAUCAAACAGGAACUUAGGCAAGACAAUUUAGCUGUAAAGAGUAAUGCUGUAGCUAAACUUACAUAUCUCCAAAUGCUUGGCUAUGAUAUUUCCUGGGCAGGAUUCAAUAUAAUUGAAGUAAUGAGUUCAAGUAAAUUUACAUUAAAAAGAAUUGGUUAUUUAGCAGCAAGUCAGUCAUUUCAUUGUGACUCAGAGUUACUUAUGCUAACUACAAACAUGAUCCGGAAAGAAUUGAAUUCACAAAAUCAAUACGAAGCUGGUCUCGCUCUAACUUCCCUUAGUUGUUAUAUAAGUACUGAUUUGGCAAGAGAUUUGUCCAAUGAUAUUUUAACUUUGUUAAAUUCUACAAAACCAUACAUAAGAAAGAAAGCAGUUUUGAUGAUGUACAAAGUAUUCCUGAAAUAUCCAGAAGCUUUAAGGCCCUCUUUUCCCCGAUUAAAAGAAAAACUGGAAGAUCCCGAUCCAGGUGUUCAGUCGGCAGCUGUAAAUGUUGUAUGCGAAUUGGCCAGAAAGAAUCCUAAAAAUUAUUUGAGUUUAGCUCCUGUGUUUUUUAAACUGAUGACCACUAGUACAAAUAAUUGGAUGUUAAUUAAAAUCAUCAAGCUAUUUGGUGCUCUUACUCCCUUAGAACCUAGGCUAGGUAAAAAAUUGAUUGAGCCUUUAACAAAUCUCAUUCAUAGUACGUCAGCAAUGAGCCUACUUUAUGAGUGUAUAAACACUGUUAUAGCAGUGUUAAUUAGCAUUUCUUCUGGAAUGCCAAACCAUGCAGCGAGUAUUCAACUUUGUGUACAAAAACUAAGAAUACUCAUUGAAGAUUCAGAUCAAAAUUUAAAAUAUCUAGGACUAUUAGCAAUGUCAAAAAUAUUAAAAACACAUCCAAAAAGUGUGCAAGCACACAAAGAUUUGAUUUUACAAUGUUUAGAAGAUAAAGAUGAAUCAAUAAGGCUAAGAGCUCUUGAUCUAUUAUAUGGAAUGGUUUCUAAAAAGAACCUUAUGGAAAUAGUUAAAAAACUUAUGAUUCAUAUGGAUAAAGCAGAAGGAACUGUAUAUAGGGAUGAGUUACUUAGCAAAAUAAUUCUUAUUUGUUCUCAGAAUAAUUACCAAUUUAUUACUAAUUUUGAAUGGUAUAUCACAGUUUUAGUUGAAUUGGCACAAAUGGAAUUUGGAUCAAAACAAGGUCAUGUAAUUGGUUCACAACUAAUGGAUGUUUGUAUAAGAGUACAAGCUAUAAGAGCCUUUGCAGUAGCUGAGAUGGCUCAGUUACUUGACGUUUACACAUCUACUUCACAAUUUACAAUAAUGCAAGAAGUACUUUAUGCUGCAGCUUGGUUAAUUGGAGAAUUUGCCAACGAAUUGAAAGAUACAGAACAAACUCUUCGUUGUAUGCUAAAAUAUAAAUCUUUGCCUCAACAUAUUGAAGCAGUAUUUAUCCAUAAUAUACUUAAACUAUUUGCAUAUAUUAUGGAAGGAUAUGCAUUAUAUGGAAAUUACAAAAGCAUACUAGAAUUGUGUGAUGUAAUAAGUGAUAAAAUGAAUGAAAGCAUCAAAUCUGCUGAAUUGGAAGUACAAGAAAGAGCUAGUACAGUGCUUAUAAUUGUUAAUAUAGUUAAAGAAGAAAUUUUAAUAAGGAGUAUGUCAAAUGUAAUGGAUGGGGAACUCGAUUCACAAAACACUGAAUUAGCUAACGAAAUUUUAAAUUUGUUUAGCGGAGAAUUAAAUCCGGUAGCCCCAAAGGCACAAAAGAAGGUACCUGUUCCAGAAGGAUUAGAUUUGGAUGCUUGGAUAAAUGAACCGAUAGAAACAUCCGACUCUGAUUCUGAACCGGAAUCAACAGAAAAUUUAUUUGUUAAAAGUGAUAAAUUUGAAUACAACAAUAGCGAGAAGCAGCACUAUGAACCAUCUGAAGAUGAUAUAAAAAAGAGUCGCGAGGCUCGCAAAUAUGAACAACAAAACAACCCACACUACCUUAAAGGUAACUUAUCUUCGGAAAGAAGCAGCAAUGGACAGGAUAAUGUCGAGAACAUACCAGUAAGCGAGUUAAACCUCAAUGUUUCUCUAAAAGUGCUUGGGCAGAAACGUUCUGAUAAAUAUUUGAAUCUUAAAAAAGAGAAGUCAUCUAAAAAGAAAAACAAAAAGAAAAAAAGGCAUCACAAAUCAGAAAGUUCAUCAGAUGAUAACAUUGAAGCAUCCAUAGUUGAAGUAAAAAGGGAAUUAGAGUUACCAGAGGGAGCUACUUUAUCUGAUUCUGAUAGUGAUCAUAAUAACUUGGAUGAUCCUCAUAGAGCUUUAGAUAUUGAUCUUGAUCUUCCGCCCUUGACUGAUGUUUUGUCAAAAAAAGAAACAAAUAUAUUUAGUAAUGAUAAAAAGGAAAGGAAAGAAAAGAAGAAAUCUAAGAAAAAGGAUGAAAAAGAGAAAGAUAAAAAUCACAAAGGGAAGUCAGAUAAAAAGAAAAAAGAUAAAAUUGAAAACCUAUUGAAACUAGAUAAAGAUCCAGAGGAAGUUAAACUUGAUUCGGGGCCAAAGAAAAUUAAGAAAGGAAAGAAAAAGUCAAAAGACAGGGAAAAAGAAGGAAAGAAAUCUAAGAAAUCCAGUUCAGGUUAUGAAGAAGCUUUAGGUAUUUCUACACCUACAAAAGAAAAUUAG